AUGGCGACUGGUAGUGGGGGCGAUAGUUCACGGGAUGAAAGUGUCAAAGAUUUAUUUGAUAGAAUAGGGAAGAAAGUUUACGAAAAAACAGAAAAGAUUGCAAAACGAUAUACUACUGAAUUGCAUGGUGAUUUGUCAAAAGCAACAUAUCCAAAUGAUAAACAUCCUGAAGGAUCAACAGAAAAUAAUCCAUGCAAACUUCAAUAUGAUUAUAAUACUAAUGUUACUCAUGGUUUUGGUCAAGAGUAUCCUUGUGAAACGGACAUAGUAGAACGUUUUUCUGAUACAGAAGGAGCACAAUGUGAUAAGAAAAAAAUAAAAGAUAAUAGUGAAGGAGCUUGCGCUCCAUAUAGACGAUUACAUGUAUGCGUUAGAAAUUUGGAAAAUAUCAAUGAUUAUAGUAAAAUUAAUAAUAAACAUAAUUUAUUGGUAGAAGUGUGUCUUGCAGCCAAAUAUGAAGGGGAAUCAAUAACAGGUCGUUAUCCACAACAUCAAGAAACUAAUCCUGAUACUAAAUCUCAACUAUGUACUGUAUUAGCACGAAGUUUUGCAGAUAUAGGUGAUAUUAUAAGAGGAAAAGAUCUGUAUCGUGGUGGUAAUACCAAAGAAAAAAAAAAAAGAAAAAAAUUAGAAGAAAAUUUAAAAACGAUUUUCGGGCAUAUAUAUGAUGAAUUGAAGAAUGGGAAGACGAAUGGGGAGGAGGAGCUACAAAAACGCUACCGAGGUGAUAAAGAUAAUGAUUUUUAUCAAUUACGAGAAGAUUGGUGGGACGCUAAUCGAGAAACGGUAUGGAAAGCUAUCACAUGCAACGCUGGAAGUUAUCAAUAUUCUCAACCAACAUGUGGUCGUGGAGAAAUUCCAUAUGUGACGCUUAGUAAAUGCCAAUGUAUUGCUGGAGAAGUUCCUACAUAUUUUGACUAUGUCCCACAAUAUUUGAGAUGGUUCGAGGAAUGGGCAGAAGACUUUUGUCGUAAAAAAAAAAAAAAAAUACCAAACGUUAAAACAAAUUGUCGUCAGGUACAGAGGGGUAAAGAAAAAUAUUGUGAUCGUGAUGGAUAUAAUUGUGAUGGUACUAUUAGAAAGCAAUAUAUUUAUCGUUUGGAUACUGAUUGUACUAAAUGUUCUCUUGCAUGUAAGACUUUUGCGGAAUGGAUUGAUAACCAAAAAGAACAAUUUGACAAACAAAAACAAAAAUAUCAAAAUGAAAUAUCAGGUGGUGGUGGUAGGAGGCAAAAACGGAGUACACAUAGUACUAAAGAGUAUGAAGGAUAUGAAAAACAUUUUAAUGAAGAACUACGAAAUGAAGGCAAAGAUGUGAGAAGCUUUUUACAAUUGUUAAGUAAAGAAAAAAUAUGUAAAGAAAGAAUUCAAGUAGGAGAAGAAACAGCAAAUUAUGGUAAUUUCGAAAAUGAAAGUAAUACUUUUUCUCAUACGGAAUACUGCGAUCGUUGUCCUUUGUGUGGAGUUGAUUGCAGCAGUGAUAACUGUAGAAAAAAGCCAGAUAAAUCAUGCGAUGAACAAAUUACUGACAAAGAAUACCCUCCUGAAAAUACUACGAAAAUCCCAAAACUUACCGCUGAAAAAAGAAAGACAGGUAUACUAAAGAAAUAUGAAAAGUUUUGUAAAAAUAGUGAUGGUAAUAACGGUGGUCAAAUUAAAAAAUGGGAAUGUCAUUAUGAAAAAAAUGAUAAAGAUGAUGGCAAUGGUGACAUUAAUAAUUGCAUACAAGGAGAUUGGAAAACUUCUAAAAACGUAUAUUACCCUAUAUCCUAUUAUUCAUUUUUUUAUGGUUCGAUUAUUGAUAUGUUAAACGAAUCUAUUGAGUGGAGAGAAAGACUUAAGAGUUGUAUAAAUGAUGCGAAAUUAGGAAAAUGUAGAAAAGGAUGUAAAAAUCCAUGUGAAUGUUAUAAACGAUGGGUUGAAAAAAAAAAAGACGAAUGGGACAAAAUAAAAGAAUUUUUUCGCAAGCAAAAAGAUUUGCUAAAAGACAUUGCAGGAAUGGAUGCUGGCGAACUUCUUGAAUUUUAUUUGGAAAAUAUUUUUUUGGAAGAUAUGAAAAAUGCUAAUGGAGAUCCAAAAGUAAUAGAAAAAUUUAAAGAAAUUUUGGGAAAGGAAAAUGAGGAAGUUCAAGAUCCUUUAAAAACGAAAAAAACAAUUGAUGACUUUCUCGAAAAGGAAUUAAACGAAGCCAAAAACUGCGUAGAAAAAAAUCCAGAUAACGAAUGUCCAAAACAAAAAGCCCCCGGCGAUGGUGCCGCCCCCUCCGACCCACCACGUGAAGACAUCACCCACCACGACGGCGAACACUCCUCAGACGAAGACGAAGAAGAAGAAGAAGAAGAGGAGCAGCAGCCGCCGGCGGAAGGCACGGAACAGGGGGAGGAGAAGUCGGAGUCCAAGGAGGUGGUAGAACAACAAGAGACACCACAAAAAGACACAGAAAAGACGGUACCAACAACAACACCAACAGUAGACGUUUGCGACACAGUGAAAACCGCACUCGCGGACACGGGCAGUCUCAAUGCUGCAUGUUCCCUCAAAUAUGUUACUGGUAAAAACUACGGCUGGCGGUGUAUCGCACCUAGUGGUACCACUAGUGGAAAAGACGGUGCUAUAUGUGUGCCACCACGAACACAAGAAUUAUGCUUAUAUUAUUUAAAAGAAUUGAGUGACACAACACAAAAAGGUUUGAGAGAAGCAUUUAUUAAAACUGCAGCACAAGAAACUUACUUGUUAUGGCAAAAAUAUAAAGAAGACAAACAGAACGAAACUGCAUCAACAGAACUCGACAUAGAUGAUCCACAAACGCAAUUAAAUGGUGGAGAAAUCCCUGAAGAUUUUAAACGUCAAAUGUUCUAUACGUUUGGAGAUUAUAGAGAUUUGUUUUUAGGAAGAUAUAUAGGUAACGAUUUGGAUAAAGUGAAUAAUAAUAUAACUGCUGUUUUCCAAAAUGGUGAUCAUAUUCCUAAUGGCCAAAAAACUGACAGACAACGUCAAGAAUUUUGGGGAACAUAUGGAAAAGAUAUUUGGAAAGGAAUGUUAUGUGCGCUACAAGAAGCUGGGGGAAAAAAGACACUUACCGAAACGUACAACUACUCCAACGUGACAUUUAAUGGUCAUCUCACUGGUACUAAAUUGAAUGAGUUUGCUUCUAGACCCUCAUUUUUACGAUGGAUGACUGAAUGGGGAGAUCAAUUUUGUAGAGAAAGGAUAACACAGUUGCAAAUUUUGAAGGAAAGAUGUAUGGUAUAUCAGUAUAAUGGUGAUAAAGGUAAGGAUGAUAAGAAAGAAAAAUGUACAGAAGCGUGUACAUAUUAUAAAGAAUGGCUUACGAAUUGGCAAGAUAAUUAUAAAAAACAAAAUCAAAGAUAUACUGAGGUUAAAGGAACAUCUCCAUAUAAAGAAGAUUCUGACGUAAAAGAAUCAAAGUAUGCCCAUGGAUAUUUAAGGAAAAUAUUAAAAAAUAUUAUAUGCACUAGUGGUACAGAUAUUGCUUAUUGCAAUUGCAUGGAAGGAACAUCAACCACUGAUAGUAGUAAUAAUGAUAAUAUUCCUGAAUCGUUAAAAUACCCACCUAUAGAAAUUGAAGAGGGAUGUACGUGUAAGGACCCUUCACCAGGAGAAGUAAUACCGGAGAAAAAAGUUCCAGAACCAAAAGUACUACCAAAACCACCAAAACUCCCAAAACGACAACCAAAAGAACGAGAUUUCCCAACCCCCGCAUUAAAAAAUGCCAUGUUAUCUUCAACCAUCAUGUGGAGUAUUGGCAUCGGUUUUGCUACAUUCACUUAUUUUUAUCUAAAGAAAAAAACCAAAUCUACUAUUGAUCUUUUGCGUGUCAUUAAUAUCCCCAAAAGUGAUUAUGAUAUACCGACAAAACUUUCACCCAAUAGAUAUAUACCUUAUACUAGUGGUAAAUACAGAGGCAAACGGUACAUUUACCUUGAAGGAGAUAGUGGAACUGAUAGUGGUUACACCGAUCAUUAUAGUGAUAUUACUUCAUCUUCCGAAAGUGAGUAUGAAGAAUUGGAUAUUAAUGAUAUAUAUGCACCACGUGCUCCUAAAUAUAAAACAUUGAUAGAAGUAGUACUAGAACCUAGUGGUAACAACACAACAGCUAGUGGUAACAACACACCUAGUGAUACACAAAAUGAUAUACAAAAUGAUGGUAUACCUAGUAGUAAAAUUACAGAUAAUGAGUGGAAUACAUUGAAAGAUGAAUUUAUAUCACAAUAUCUACAAAGUGAACAACCAAAUGAUGUACCAAAUGAUUAUAGUAGUGGAGAUAUUCCUUUAAACACACAACCCAAUACUUUAUAUUUUGAUAAUCCUGAUGAAAAACCUUUUAUUACAUCUAUACAUGAUAGGGAUUUAUAUAGUGGAGAAGAAUAUAGUUAUAAUGUUAAUAUGGUUAAUACUAAUAAUGAUAUUCCAAUAAGUGGUAAAAAUGGUACCUAUAGUGGUAUAGAUUUAAUUAAUGAUUCGUUGAAUAGUAAUAAUGUUGAUAUUUAUGAUGAAGUAUUGAAACGAAAAGAAAAUGAAUUAUUUGGGACAAAUCAUACGAAAAAAAAUACAUCAACCAAUAGUGUUGCAAAAGAAUUAUGUGGUGAUCCAAUUAUGAACCAAUUAGAUUUGUUACAUAAAUGGUUAGAUAGACAUAGAGAUAUGUGUGAGAAGUGGAAUAAUAAAGAGGAAGUAUUAGAUAAAUUAAAAGAAGAAUGGAAUAAAGAUAACAAUAGUGGUAAUAUUAACCCUAGUGGUAAUAUUAACCCUAGUGGUAAUACUCCACCAACUAGUGACAUACCUAGUGGUAAACUAAGUGAUACACCUAGUGAUAACAACAUACCUAGUAGUAACAAAACGUUGAAUACUGAUGUUUCUAUACAAAUACAUAUGGAUAAUCCUAAACCUAUAAAUCAAUUUACUAAUAUGGAUACUAUAUUGGAGGAUCUGGAAAAAUAUAAUGAACCUUAUUAUGAUGUACAAGAUGAUAUUUAUUAUGAUGUACAUGAUCAUGAUGUAUCAACUGCGGGUAGUAAUGCUAUGGAUGUACCUAGUAAAGUACAAAUUGAAAUGGAUAUAAAUACUAAAUUGGUGAAAGAAAAAUAUCCUAUAUCGGAUGUGUGGGAUAUAUAA